AUGUUCACUAGAUUAGCACCUAGACUACAACCACAGUUGUUAUCUACCAAACGAGUAUUGACCACUAGAUAUCCAACGUUGGUUAGGACACCAAUUUUUCAUCAAACCCCGAUUCAAAUUAUCAAAAGAAAUUAUGUUAUUGUUCAUAAAGAAAGGAAAAAAGAACCAGUUAUUAGGUAUCUUUUUUAUAUGCUUGUAGCUUCGUGGGUUGCAAUCUACUUUGUUGCUAACCGUGUUGAUAAGAAAAAGCCACCCAAGCAGAGUUUUACUGAACGUGAAUUUCAGCUGUAUGAAGAAGAAACGGGAUUGAAGAGAAGAAACAAAUUAAUUAGUCAUCAUAUGAAUUCAAAGUAUAAGUUCUACGUUAUUCCAUAUGUCCAUGACGAGGAAGAAUUGAAUAGAGUUGCUAAUUUGUUGCAACACAAAGACGAAAACGCAACCGUGAAAAUAAUUGAUCCAGCACAGUUGAUUGAGGAACAAAAGAAGGACGAAGGUAUGAAAUAUCAUUAUUUGCUUGAAGAUUUGGAUGAACAAGGUAAGCCAUAUCCUCCGGGAUUAAUUACUGCAGUUAUAAAGCAGGAAAUCUAUAAAAUUUUGAAUACCAGAGAGGGAACAUUUGACACUAACUUUUUAAUUAAAAAUUACCCUCAAACUACCAACGAAGCAAUCAAGUUUGAAAAUGACAUUUCAGAUAUUCAAAAAUGUUUGAUUUUGCAUUAUGAUAUGUUGAAUGAGUUGCCAAAAAACAAAACUGAUGAAGAACAACGUGCCAUCAAAAAUGUUGAUGGGUACUUUAGCUCGGUAGGCAAAUCGAAAACAUUGGUGGAAAAAUUCGACCCAAUGGAUAAAGAAUUCGAAGAUAUUAUAUUAGAAGACAUUUAA